AAAACAUGAUAAAAGCAACAUAAAUUAUUCAAAAUCCAUAAAAAUGAACGGCAACAACAAACAAAAUGCGGAGUCCCAAUUGCAAGUGGCCAUUGGGAUCCUCCUGUGUUCAGUCUCAGAUAAAAGCAGUUUGGUCACUGACACCAUCAAUAAUUCUUUGAAGAAAUUAGCGGAAAAACAUCCCAACCAAGUCCUGAAUUCGUGCGUAACUUUCUGUACAAACACUGCAAAGAAGCCAACAAAUGAAAGCAUUUCUUCUGUGUUGAAAAUUAUGGAAAAUAUUUGUACAGACAACAUUGCUAACAUAGAUGGAGAUACAAUUCUGUCCAUUAUUGAGUUCAGUUUGUCUAUUAUGAUAGAUAAUCCUAUUCAUGAGCCAUUGGUUCAAUUACCAGCUUCUGGGGUACUUGUUGCAUUGGGUCGUGAACAUUAUAUCCAAGUGAUGGAUUCUUUAUUGAAAAAAUUGGAAGCAGGAGUUGUGCCCCAUUAUAUGGUACCACAUACACUUGGGGCAUUAGCCCAUACAAACCCUUAUGGAGUAGUACCUUACUUGAAGAACAUUCUGCACAUUAUUUUGCCUCUUAUUGGAAAUUUGAGAGUUGACAUACUCAGACAGGCUUUUUCUUAUGCCUUGGGUAGCUUUUGUGAGGCUUUGACGGAAUAUUGCGCGAACAUUAACGAAGUACCGGACAGUACAAUCCAAAUCGACAACUUUAACGUAGAAAUUGGUAUGGCAUAUGACGUACUAUUUUCUUCCUGGCUUCAAAGCAGGGAUCCUAAAGUCACUGAGGCUGUUCUCAACGCCCUGUCCACAAUAUUCCCCGUGUUGAGCGUCGAUAAAGUCACACAACAGACGCCCAAAGUCAUACAGACUCUGUUAAAUCUUUAUAAGAGACCUAUUGACUCAUACAACAUUACUAAAUGUGUUGGUGCAGUGGUGCAAAAGGCUGCCACCGUUAACGGUACGCUUCUAGAACCACUCAUGACUAAUAUAUUGCAUGCACUGAGUGAUUUGGUGUGUGUUUCCCCUGAUUAUGCCCAACCUGAACUGUUGAGGAGCCACUCUGAAGUCUUGAGGUGCUAUGAAUGUUUUGCCCUUCACUUCACUGAUAGCACCAUUGACCAGUUGUUAACUCAAUUGAAAAAUAACAACGAAAAGGAGCGAGUUAAGUCGCUAACUGUUCUCACCCAUCUUGUUUCUCAUUGUGACCAAACUAUAAGCAGGAGGUUCAAGGAUAUUCUGAAAACCUUGAAUGACUCCUUAUCUGACCCUAGUAUUAGAGUGAAGAAGGCUUUGGUGAAAAUCAUUGUGGCUUUUGCCAUUAAAAAGGUUUUAUUAAAUAAAGAGUGCAACCCAGAUGGGGCAAUGAAGUACAUGGAGUUCAUCUUAAAAAUGUGCUGCAAACAAAACGUGCCCAAAAACAGCGACGUGUCUCCCCACGAAUUGGCUGACAUUCAGAAAUCUUCUGAUAACACCUUGUACAUGCUGAGUACCUCAGUUCCUGAGUUAGAAAACAUUCUCUGGGUGCUCUUGAUGCAGUGUUUCCUAGGACCUGUCUACGAUGACGCUAUUGUUAUAAUACUGAGGUGCUUAACGCAUCUGGCUUCUAAAAAGGAUAACGUCAGUAGCUGCGAAGCUGCUUUCGUACGUUGUCUUGGUCUUUUGGCUGAUCCAUUGCCGGGGUUUAGGGGCACCUUCAUACUUAACUUUUUGAGGAACGUCAAACCUUGCGAAAUUGAUAGUUAUAAGUCGGUUUGGGAUUUGAAGAUUCCCCAAUUAGUCAAGUACUUGGAGCAAAACUACGACAACUUUAACGUGCUUGAGUGGCAAGAUUUACUGUUUGACUUUUUGACGUUGCUUUUAGAAGCUGUGAAAAACGAGUCCUUUGUUGAGAUUUUGGUGUUUCAAAGUAGGAAGCAGCUGGAUUCUUACGCAAACAAUAGGUUCUUGAGCAUUGGUGAUGCUUCGUCGAAGCAGCAGGAAAAGCAGUUUCUGCUUAAAUGUCUCGCCAUAAUUCUGUGCUUUUUGUCCGACAAAGAAACUGUCUUGCAAACUAUAGAAAGUAUUUUAAGUAAUCUAAAGUUAAAUGACUUUAAAGAACUGCAAACGUACAGUGAAGCUGUUGGUAUUUGUUCCAGAACGCAUAUCCAAAUUGUUUUGGACAAAUUUGCGGAGAUCAGAAAGAAUGUUCUGUUGAAGAAGUCUUCCAAAUUUUUCUCAUUCAUGAAGGACCAAAAACACGAAAUGGACAUUGAAAGACUGCGUUACGUUGUGAUAUACAGUUACGCCGAAAUCUGCAAUGAGGCGCCUGCUGACAAGAUUUUAAAAGUCAUUGAAUCUGAAAUUCUGGAUUAUGUUUUAUUGGAACUAAGCGCAGCCAAGGAUUUUCCUAUAAGGAAAGCUUGUUUAAGAACCAUAACAAGUGUGGCUGACGCAAUGCACCCCAACAGAAAUUCGUUGCACAUUAGACUUAACGAAAGAGAUAAAGUUGUUGAACUUGUAUCUUCACAGAUUCAUUUACAUAAUGGACCAGAGUACAUUGAAUUGUUUCCGCUGAUUUUGACUGCUAUAACUGCGUUGGUUCGACUACCAUUGCCUUUGGAGUCGGAGGAACGCAUUAGAUUGCUCAAAUUGUUCUUCGAUAAUGUCUUUAAUGCCUCCGCCAUUUAUUGUAAGAUAAACGUGGAUAACACAGAAAGUUACUAUGGUGAUUUAAAGAUGGUGCCAUACAUCACCAAAAGUUUCUCAGAACUUAACUUGCUGGUGCAAGAACUGUUGAUGCAAAGUCUUUCUCCAGCAACUCUGGACGAGAUCACCACAUUGCUAGAGCCUUGGCUGGGUAAAAAGAAACCGGAGCAACGCCACCCCGCCUGCGAUAACUUAAAACUUGUCCUUCAAACCUACCUGAACAACAUGAAAUUCGCCUACGAUUGUCCCAGCACUUUCGGCCAGACCGGCUCACUUCUAGCCCACAUUGUGCCGAGGUGCACCGACCCAAACAAAAACAUCCGGAAGAUCGCCGUUGAAUGCAUUUGCUUAGUUUUGUGCAUAGCUGCCAGGUACGAGGGUCACAUGAAAGACCACGACAAAGUUCUUAGUAACUCACUGCAGCACAUCCAGCACCAAAUUGACUCCGACGACCCGAAACUCCUGUACAACUUGACCUCAGACCUUGCCCACGUGAUUUGCCUCAACAUCCCCCAGUUUCAGCUCGUUCAUUUCGUUGACGGGCUCUGCGAUGGGUUGUUGGAUUGCGAGAGCUCGUCUUCUAACGGUACCGGAGUCGUACUCAGUAUGACCCUCAAGUCUAAAGGCAGCGAGCUGCAAAGCCAUGUUAAUUUAAUACUUGCUAAAAUGUUAAAACAGCUGGAUAAGAUCCAAUGCCCGAGGACAAGGUCGUCAGCACUCAGGGGUAUUUUAAAUUUGGCCACCCACCACCCUAAACUAGUUGGCAGCCUUUUGUUGGCUGAACCAUUACCCUUUGAUACGCGUAUAAUUGAUACGUGGAACAUCUUAUCUAUGGACCAAACUCUGGUCCAGGACCUCUUUGAUCAGCUGAAGAAAAUCAUCAAGCAAACCCCCAUGUAUGAAGACGAGACCAAAGAAAUGAAAAUCUGCAACGUCCGAUCGUUGCAAGCUGUUUCCGCCCUACAAGAGCUGUUGAAGAAUGGUCAACUGAAGGAACUCUGCUUAACACAGUUCUCAGAGAUAUUUUCCCUCCUGCUGAUAUGUUUGGCUUCAUACAUGGGCACUCAACCUCCACUCUCUCAAACUAAUGGCAAAAAGGAGAAGUACGGCUUCAUAAUGAACAGGGAAGCCUACAAAUUAAAUCCUUGCAAAGUAGCCCUGGAUACAAUGAGGAUGUUUUUCUUGUGCUGCGAGUAUAAACCGAUGGUUAACACGCUCCUCUCCUACGCCCAUAUAGAGUCCAGCGAAGAUCCGGCGGUAUUUUUGGAGGUGGUGUCCAAAUUAGUGGAGAAUAUUUCCGAAGAAAAUCCCCAAUCAUUGUCGUGGUUGGUGGCUUGCCUUGGCCCAUUUAUACGAGCAGAAUUGGAGCCGCAGCGGGUAGCAGCAGUUGCUUUCUUCACGUAUUUAUUGAGACAAAGGGCAAAUGAACAAACAGUCCUUGUUGAGAAUUUAUUGGAGAUGAUUCUCGACGUCCAAAGCGACCAGAGUUGUGCGGUUCGUAGGAUCGCCCUUCAAGGACUGGGAUAUGCCGUCGAGCAAUCAAAUUUGGACUUAAUUUCGAGGCAUUGCAACCCUAUUUUAAGCGUGUUGAUGAACAGCCUGGACUACAACAGUAUUGGGAACGAAAGCUCGGUGAUUUUGGAGGGUAUGCUCACAUUUUCCAAAUUACUCACGACGUUGGAGAAUUACAAGUUUAGUUCAUUCCAAGUCACAGCCGCUGUAAGAAUUAAACCUUUGCUUGGUCAGGAGGAUGUCAAUUUGAGGAGAGCUUCAUUCAAACUGCUGGGAGAUUUAACUCAGUCACUAAAUUCUGAAGCUAAUUUGGAGGCAUUCAAGGAGCAAAUUCACGGCAACGUUAUAACGUUGUUGUUACACUUGUGUGACCCAGAUAUAUCAGUUAUAAAGGCUUGCAAAUACACAUUGAGAAAAGUGGGACCUUAUUUAGACAGCCCGAAAGUUAACUCCAUGAUACAAGAACACUUAAUUGAUGAGGCCAAUCUUCAUUUUUAUGAUUUUGUCAGAGACUUAAUAAAGAUAAUGGCUGAAGAAAUUCAAGAUUUGUUCCCGUUGUUGGUGAUGACGUGUUUAUCAUAUUUUAAAAGUCAGUGGGUCCAGAUUAGGAGUAAUGCAGCACUCUUGUCUGGUUUGCUGUAUUCUCAAUUGACCCCGGAAAAUAAGAGUAGGGUUUCUGUCGAUACCGUCUGUGAUAGAUUAAUGAAAUUGUUGAAUGAUGAAAAUGAGGACGUUAGAAUGCGAGCUGUCGAGGCUAUGACCUUUUUAUUUUUAAAUUAGACUUAAGAUUAAAGGCUUAUUAAUAUAAAUAUUUAUAGAGAAUACUUAUACCUAUUGUGAGUUUUUUUAAGGGUGAAUAUUGGAAAAUUAUUAUUCUACAAAUGAAAUUAUUGAUUGAUGUUUACUGAGCUUUUUAUUGGAAAUUAUUAGACUAGUCAAAAAUUUUAAUUGAAAGAUAUAUGUAUAAAUCGCAUUUUUUGUUAUGAGUCUUGUUAUUUGUUUUAAAUAUAUCACGUACAUACAAAA